UUUGACAGUGAUGACAUGAUUGAUCAUAGAAGUCAUGUUUUGCAACAUAUGAGAAAACUUUGGAAUAAUUGGAGAUGAUCAUUGCACAAGAAAAUGAAAUCGAAGUCGUUGCAUGAGGUUCUAAAAGAUGAGCCGGCAGGAGUAGAAAAGAGUGAUUGGCAAUGGUUGGUCAAGGAACAUUUCUUAUCUGCUAAAUUUAAGGAAGCAAGUACAAGAAACUCAGUCAAUAGGUCUAAGGUAGUUAUGCCUCAUCAUACGGGUAGCAAACCUUAUAGAGAGAUUAAUUACGAAAUGGGAGGCAAAGAUGGUAAUCCACCAAACAUGGCAAUUAUUUUCUUUGAGACUCAUAAGAAGGACGAUGAGCUUGUCGAACCUGAAACCAUCGAAAAAUAUGCUGAAAUCCAAGAGCUAGUACAAUCUGAACCAUCUCUUACUAAUAUUGAGGUAGUGGAAAGGUGCUUUGGACCUCAAUGCAAAAGUCAUGCAGUUGGAUUUGGGGGUGGGAUAACCGCUAAGGAGUUGAAAGGUGGUACCACCUCAAAGGCUGCAUUAUUGGAAGAGCUUAAAACAACUAAAAAAGAAAAGGAAUCACUACAAAACCGCAUGGUAUUCUGGAGAGUAAAUAUGAACGGCUUGAACGUAUGUUGGUUCGUUAGCCUUCAUCACCUCCACUAG